CAAACACACAGUUUGAGAGUUUGAGUCUGUUAGGGCUCACACGCCUCACUCACACCAACUUCUCAUCAUGUCCCUCGUCUCCGCCGUCUUUGCCGCUUCCCUCCGCCGCCGAGGGCCGCUAUUCUAUUCUAUGCGCCACCGUAGCCUCCACUCGGGAAUUGAGUACCCUCUCACACACCCAAUUUACACCAUUUGGGCUUCCAACACCUCCCUCGGCAAAACCCUUGUUUCUGCUGGUCUCUCAAUGUCCUUUCUCUCCUCUUCUUCAAUUUCUAGGAAGCGGUUUGUUUACCUGAAGCCAGUUCAGACGGGGUUUCCUGAAGACUCCGAUUCUCGCUUCGUUUACAGAAAGUUCUGCGACUACGUCAGUCACAAGCCACUGCCUUUCUCAGUUUUCGCAUCAAACUCUGUUUUGAAAGCUUCAGCCUCUGCUGCAAAUGCUGUUCUCAGGAUGAGAUGCCCCGUGAGAAAUGAAGGGUUCGGCAAUGAGAUUGUCAGGGAAGCUGGAAAUUCUGGCAAUGGACUAGUAAAUGUCAAUUGCUACGAAGAAAGGAAACUGCAGGGGAGCGAGAGCAGUGAAAUUGAAUUAUCCCCACAGUCCGAGCUUGUUUGCAAGACGAUGUAUGGGUGGCAAGAGGCAGUGUCGCCUCAUUUAGCUGCUGAGCGGGAAGAAGCACUGGUUGAGGAUUCAGUGCUCUUAGAUAUGCUGAAGAAAUGCUUGGUAAGUGGUUCAGUAGGAACGUCGUCCGACAUGAAAGACUCAGAAGUUAUAUAUGUGAUUGAGACUGCUGGGGGUGUUGCCAGUCCUGGGCCUUCUGGAUCUCUUCAGUGUGACCUGUACCGCCCUUUCCGCCUGCCUGCUAUUCUUGUUGGGGAUGGACGAUUAGGUGGUAUUUCAGGAACUAUAUCUGCAUAUGAAAGUCUUAAGCUUAGAGGAUAUGAUGUUGCUGCUGUCAUUUUCGAAGAUCAUGGGCUCAUGAAUGAGGUGCCGUUGUUAUCAUAUUUUCGAAAAAGGGUGCCUGUACUCUUGCUUCCAUCUAUUCCCAAAGACUUUUCAGAUGACCUGAUAUCCUGGUUUGAGAAGUCUCAUACAGUUUUCACCCAUCUCAAGGAGAUAAUGCUUUCAUCAUUCCUAGAAAAAACACAACGAUUACAUGAAAUGCCAAAGAAAGCAUGUGACAUCUUCUGGUGGCCAUUUACUCAGCAUAACUUAGUACCUGAAGAAAAAGUUACAGUUAUAGAUUCACGAUGUGCAGAGAAUUUUUCUGUUCACAAGAGUUGUGAUUGGAUUGCUCAACAAUUUGAUGCAUGUGCUAGUUGGUGGACACAAGGCCCUGAUGCUAAUUUGCAGACUGAACUUGCUAGAGACAUGGGUUACACUGCUGCAAGAUAUGGGCAUGUAAUGUUUCCUGAGAACGUCCAUGAGCCAUCUCUAGAAUUAGCCGAACUGCUGGUUGAAGGUGUGGGAAAAGGAUGGGCUUCCCGUGUGUACUUCUCUGACAAUGGAUCUACAGCUAUAGAAAUUGCUAUCAAAAUGGCAUUUCGUAUGUUCUUAUCUCAUAAUGAUAUGCUUUUUGAUCAUGUCAAUGCUGAUGCAAAUGGGUCGCACUUGGAUCUCAAGGUUUUAGCUCUUAGAGGUUCUUAUCAUGGUGAUACAUUGGGUGCGAUGGAAGCCCAGGCACCAUCACCAUUUACUGGCUUUCUCCAGCAACCCUGGUAUAGAGGAAGGGGCAUCUUUUUAGAUCCACCCACAGUAUCUAUGUAUGAUGGUAUUUGGAAAGUUUCUCUCCCUGAGGAAAUGCAAUCUCAGAAAUCUGGACAGGAGCAACUGUCUUUCAAGUCACGUAAUGAGAUUUUUGAAAGCGGUCGAGAUGAUUCAAGUCUUGCUAGCCUUUAUGCUUCCUCGAUAUUGCAUAAUCUGGUACCCUUUUUGUAUGCCAAAGGACUUUCCAGAAUUGGAGCAUUGAUAGUCGAGCCAGUGGUACAGGGAGCUGGUGGUAUGCAAAUGAUUGAUCCUCUGUAUCAGCGCAUACUUGUUAGAGAAUGUAAAAGUCGAAGUAUUCCGGUGAUAUUUGAUGAAGUGUUUACAGGAUUUUGGCGUCUUGGCAGCGAGUCUGCAGCUGAAAUGAUCCAAUGUCAACCAGAUAUAGCCUGUUUUGCAAAACUGAUGACUGGUGGCAUAAUACCAUUGGCUGUUACCUUAGCAUCAGAAGCUGUUUUCCAAGUAUUUUCUGGAGAUAGUAAGCUCAAGGCUCUUUUACAUGGGCAUUCAUAUACUGCACAUCCCAUGGGGUGCGCAGCAGCCGUGAAGGCUAUCAAAUGGUACAAGGACAGUAACACAAAUAUGAACUUGAUAUCUGAAUCAAGAUUGCUUCAGGAGCUGUGGGAUCCUGAGCUUAUGUUACAAAUUUCCUUGCUUCCUGCAGUCCGUAGAGUCCUUGCACUGGGUACUCUCUGUGCCAUUGAAAUUCUGGAAGAAGGCAGUAAUGCAGGGUAUGCUUCAAUGUAUGUGAGUUCUCUCCUAAAGAAGCUCCAUGAAGAUGGCCUGUAUAUGAGGCCACUUGGUAAUGUCAUUUAUCUGAUGUGUGGGCCAUGCACUUCUCCGGACACCUGCCGCCAUCUUCUGGAGAAAGUUCAUGCCAGAAUUCACGAGUUUGGACAACUGAAAAAUAAGCCCGUCAUCUGUGCAGCCUGAAUUGAAUAUUGGUUGCGAAAAUGGGCAAGAUUCACAGGUAGAUUGUCUCUUGGGUCAGGAUUCUGUUCUGAGUUUGUUACAAUUGCUUGACCUCCCUCCCAAUGUAUCCUAUCAUAUCCUUGAAUAUGAUAAUUUUUCAAUCUAACAUUAGAUUACAUUAUAGUGGUGUAAGAUUUGUUGGUGUAUUGUUUUCACUAGACUUGCUGCUGCUUCUAUUGUUAGAAGGACUUUUUAUUUGUAUGUUUAUGUUUUUGUUUAUGUUUAGGAAGGAAUAAUUGUAUGGCAGUUGAAAGAUUAUUGCAAACUUGCUUUCUUUGUUUGAA